GCGACAAUGUGAGGGAACCGAGUCGGUGAAGAUGGCGAUGGCGGAGCGACGGGAGGUCCCCCUGAUGGGAGGCUUCAUCCUCGCUUGUUCAUUCUUUUUGGGAGACGUGGAAUGUUCCGGAAUGGCUGCCUGCCAUGGGAGGCUGGAGCCACACAAAGAGCAACGUGGAGUUAUCUACAGCCCCUCCUGGCCCAUGAAUUAUCCUCCAUCCAUGAAUUGCAGCUGGUACAUCCAAGGGGACUAUGGAGACCUCAUAACCAUAAGCUUUCAGAAUUUUGACCUAGAGAAUUCUCACAAAUGUACGGUGGACUGGCUGAUGGUUGGACCAACCCCGAAGCGAGAGGAGUACAGAAUGUGUGGCUCAUACACCCCCCAACCCUUCAUCUCCACCAGAGACCAUGCGUGGAUCUUCUUUCAUUCCGAUCCAACUAGCUCAGGGCGCUCUCGGGGAUUCCGAUUGUCCUAUAUCCGAGGGAGCCUGACUCAGAGACGGACACCGAGACCGAGCGGCCAGUUGGUGAAACUUCGCGGAUCACAACAGAUGCCUUGAUGUUAGAAAACUCAGUGCCAAAAGCGUCUUCGUCACCCAGCUCCGAUAGUCAGACAGAGCUGCAGACCCCUUGCUUGCUGCACUCUU